AUGCCAGGUGACCCACUGGACAACUCUACCAUCGGAGAUGCAUCACUUGCCGAGCAGCCACCAACUACAGCCAGUAUCAAGACUCUACGCACCACAGGAGACUCUUUUACAGAACUAGCUGAUAACUGGUUACAAGCUGCAGACUUUUACCAUGGUUAUCUUCCUCGUGAAGAUAUUCCACCUCUUCUUCUAAAAAAUGGCGAUUUUCUGGUACGAAUGAGUGAGGCUAACGUGAAAGUUGCUGAGAAAAAGAAAACCCAAAGAACAACUUCACGAGUAAUCUCAGUUCUUGCUCAUCCAGAAAGUAAAACAGAAUUUGUUCCACUAGACAAGAGAGCUUCAUUAAUUAAAAACAUUGUAAUAAUGCACAAAAAUAAAAAAUGGUGGAUAGAUCCUGCUGUACAAUUUGACACACUGGCAUCGCUGUUCGAAAACUACAUGACAAAACCAUUACUCGUUGAAAAGGAUACCGUAUUACUCAAGCGUGGCGUAGGUCUAUGCAGAUGGGAAUUCAAGCAUGGAAAUGUUCAAGUUGGUAGGCUUCUCGGAAGAGGAGCGUAUGGUGAGGUUAGGAAGGGAACUGUGAUACGAAAAAAUGGGAACAUUGUAAACGUCGCCGUAAAAACGUUAACGAUGAGAAAUGAGUUAACAAGGGAGCUUAUCAGGGAAAUCAUGAAGGAAGCACGCACCAUGCGAGAUCUACAUCAUCCAAACGUCGUAUCUCUAAUUGGAGUAGUUCUCAUCGACCAUCCACUGUAUAUAUUGUUGGAAUACGUUUCAGGUGGAGCACUGGAUGUUUAUCUACGAAGAAAAAGAACAAAAAUUACAAAAGGAGAGAGACUGUCUAUGGCGAUUGGUGUUGCACUUGGAAUGGACUAUAUCCAUAAGGCAAACGUGAUACACAGGGAUAUUGCAGCAAGAAAUUGUCUCUACGACAGAAGCAACACAGUAAAAAUAUCUGAUUUUGGUCUUGCUCGACAAGGAACGUCAUACAAAAUGAAAACCGCACAAAAAAUGCCAAUAAAGUGGAUGGCUCCUGAAAGCAUUCUAACAUUCACAUUCACUCAAAAAACUGAUGUCUACACUUUUGGGGUCUUAGUGUUCGAAAUUUUUGCUGCUACUGGUCCUUAUGAAGAUUUGCGAAAUAGUGUAGUGAAGAAAAUGAUAGUCGAUGGUGUGGUCAACAAAUUUCCAAGUAGCACUCCAGAUGUGGUUGUAUCGUUUGUGAAAGAAAAAUUAUGGUGUAAAGAUCCGGAUAAGAGGCCAAAUUUUGCAUCAAUAGUGGGUACGCUUGAAAAAUUAACAAUUUCACAAGCAGACAAAAUUCCGGAUGCUGCAGAUGAUCGAAGUGGUAUCAUUCCAAGCGAAGGAAAGACUACCGCCACAGUUGAUCUCGACAUCCCUGACCAGAAGAUUGCUAUUAGCAAACCGGUGGCAGAUACGAAAAAGUUGACAGUGGUCCCAUCAACGCCAAAAAAAGAAGUUGCCUCUAAGGAGGGGGUUUCAAAAGAUGUGGUGAAGAAAACUGCACCCACUAAAGAGCAGCCUCCCAAAGACACAAAACAGGAGGCUAAAAAGUCGAAGCCAGAAAUAUCAACUCGCCCAGCAGUUCAAGAUGCAUCUAGUUACCUGAAACCGCCAACGUCGGCAGACGUGCUGAAGCUUACUCAACCAGAUGUGGACUCCUGUCGUGAAAAAGACGAAUUAAAUGUGGAAAUCAGAACAAAACCUAUCUUUGGACGUAGAUCGAAAUUUAAGCGAGCCCGAAAAUAG